CAUGGUCCAUGCGGCGCGAUCAACAACAAUUCUCCGUGCAUGAAGGAUGGAAAAUGCACGAAACGCUAUCCACGACACACGCCGAAACUAUCACUGGAAAUGAUGGAUACCCACAAUAUCAUCGACGAUCAACUGAAGAUGGUGGCAAAUUCAUCACUCUAAAAGUAUGCAACAACGACAUUGAAGUCGAUAAUCGUUGGGUUGUGCCAUACUCACCAUUACUCUCAAAGACGUUCAAAGCACACAUCAAUGUCGAGUAUUGUAAUUCAGUGAAAUCGAUCAAAUACAUUUGCAAAUAUGUCAACAAAGGAAGCGAUAUGGCAGUUUUUGGAGUGGGAAAUGCAUCUGCACCAAUCAAUGAAAUCGAUCGAUAUGAAUUGGGACGCUACAUUAGUACCAAUGAAGCAGUUUGGCGUAUUUUCUCAUUUCCAAUUCAUGAACGUCAUCCAACAGUUGUUCAUUUGGCAGUACAUCUUGAAAAUGGAUAGCGCGUGUAUUUUACAACGGAAAAUGUACAUGCAAGAGCAUUAUCGCCACCGAAAACAAUGUUAACUGCGUUCUUCUCAUUGUGCACGGAUGAUUUGUUCGCAAAAACGCUACUUUACUCAGAAGUGCCAAAAUACUACACAUGGAAUGCAUCAGCGAAAAAGUUUCAACGUCGUAAACAGGGGAAACCAGUUGAAGGACAUCCGAAUUUAUAUUCG